AUGUCCGGUGGUAAAAGUCACGGUGGUAAAGGUAAAUCUGGUGCUAAGGAGGGCGGGUCCUCUCAAACACACUCCUCCAGUGCUAAAGCUGGUCUACAAUUCCCAGUCGGUAGAAUUAAGCGUUAUUUGAAGAGACAUGCAAGUGGUAAGAUCAGAGUGGGUUCAAAGAGUGCUAUUUACUUGACCGCAGUUCUGGAAUAUUUAACCGCUGAAGUUUUGGAAUUGUCAGGUAACGCUGCAAAGGACUUGAAAGUGAAGAGAAUCACACCAAGACAUUUACAAUUGGCUAUUAGAGGUGACGAUGAGUUAGACUCCUUGAUUAAGGCCACUAUCGCUUCAGGUGGUGUCUUACCACAUAUCAAUAAAGCUUUGUUGCUGAAAGUAGAACAAAAGAAGAAGAAAUAG